ACUCGAGCGCUCCUUCCUUCAACUCUUCACUCCAGACUCUGGGCUCCCCCCAAAAUCCAGGCUGGCCGGCGCUGGGGGAGCGGGCUGGCGGGCAGAACUCCAUAUGCAGCAGCCACUUGGCUGAGCCGGGCUCGCUCUCCCCCUCUCUCCCUGGCUUGCCUUCUCUCCCCCCCCUCCCCGCUCUGUCGCUCCCCAGCUACUUCCCCCCUCUCCCCCAUGCCUUUCUCCUCCGGGGUAGGCUGCUGAGCGGAGCCGCCGCCGUUGUGGUGCUGGCCGGGGCGCAUGGGGGGCCAGUAGGACAAGGCUCAUUCUCGGCGCAGCUGCCCCGAGCCGGCCAGGGAGAGGGAGAGGGAACACGAAAGCAGCAGCAGCAGGAGCAGCAGAAGCGCCCGGGCCGGUCACCCUCGCCCCCUCCCUGCUCCUGUGCACGCCCGGGCGAGCCAUGUCCUAUCCUCAGGGUUACCUCUACCAGCCCCCCGGCUCGCUGGCUCUGUACUCCUGCCCGACGUAUGGGGCGUCGGCUCUGGCGGCCCCCAGGAGCGAGGAGCUGGCCAGGUCUUCGUCGGGCUCGGCGUUCAGCCCUUACCCGGGAUCGGCAGCUUUCACCGCCCAGGCGGCGGCCACAGGCUUCACCAGCCCGCUCCAGUACUCCACAGCCCCCGCCACGGGAUUCCCCUCCUACAUGGGCUCUCCUUACGACGCUCAUACGACGGGGAUGACCGGGGCCAUCAGUUACCAUCCGUAUGGCAGCCCUGCUUACCCUUACCAGCUGAACGAUCCCGCUUACCGGAAAAACGCCACGCGAGAUGCCACGGCCACCCUGAAGGCCUGGCUGAACGAGCACCGGAAGAACCCCUACCCCACCAAGGGCGAGAAGAUCAUGCUGGCCAUCAUCACCAAGAUGACCCUCACCCAGGUCUCCACCUGGUUCGCCAACGCCAGGAGGAGGCUCAAGAAGGAGAACAAGAUGACCUGGGCUCCCCGCAACAAGAGCGAAGAUGAAGAUGAAGACGAAGGGGACGGGGCAAGAAGCAAAGAGGAAAGUUCAGACAAGGUGCAGGAGAGCAACGAAGCUUCUGCCGAGGACGAAGGGAUCAGCUUGCAGGUGGACUCGCUCACGGAUCACUCCUGCUCCGCGGAGUCGGACGGCGAGAAGUUGCCCUGCCGAGGUGGGGACACGUUCUGCGAGUCCGGCUCGGACUGCAAGGACAAAUACGAGGACAUCGAGGACGACGAAGAUGAAGAGGAGGAAGCGGAGAGAAACCUUCCCGCUAAGCCUGUGACUUCCUCCCCCCUCACCGGGGUGGAAGCCCCCCUCCUUAACCACCCCCACGAGAGCGCCUCAAGGAACUCCAGUAAGGCUACUCUGGACAACAGGAUUUCCCCAACUUCGGAGACACAAGCUAAUAAGCCCAAGCUCUGGUCUCUAGCUGAAAUAGCCACCUCGGACCUUAAAAAUCAGAACAUGGGCCAAAGCUGUCAGCCACCGACUUUAUCGUCAGUAACGCCCUCUUCUGCUUCGCACACUUCUGCCUACUCUCCCUCUUCUCUCUUAGGAAGGCACAUUUAUUACACUUCACCUUUUUAUAGCAAUUACACCAACUAUGGGAACUUUAACGCACUCCAGAGCCAGGGGAUCCUGAGAUAUAACACCGCAGCAAUGGCUUCGAACGAGGGACUAGGUCAGACUGUACUAAAUACCAACUCUGUUCACAAACAGAGCAGUGACUCUUUGAAAACGAUCACUAAUCAGCUAGAGCAACAUUACAGGCCCUCUAGUUAUGAGUCGAAGAAAGAUCCCACUGACGUCUGCACAGUAGGAGUACAACCAUACCUAUAGAAGUGCAAUCACACAGCAAUGCAACCCUUCUGCCCAGCUCUCAGGAGAGGGAAGCGCCCCGUUUGCAGAAGACGCCGUUGACUAGCGAAAGUCACAACGUGCCCUCCCCAGUGCAUCAAUAACGAUUCUGGAGGAAAAGAGGGAAAUGACGGACAAAUAGACCGCAGCUGGAAUUAAUAAGGCUGAUCAAAGUUGGUGGGGUUGUGGCUGCUCGCAGCAGCAGUAGGUCCGAGUCCCAUAAAGGUACCAGCACUCGUUUGCUUUUCUCUGCGAGAUCAAGAGACAGGAUAAAACUGCCCACUUUAACGCUUGCGCGAGAAAAUAAGGGGCUUGAUUUUCGGUUUCCCUUAAAUACCUCCAGGAGACUAUAACUGCAGCAGUUGAAAGUUAGGAAGCAACGUGCUCUGAUGUACCUGUUAGACUAUACCAAAUUCCAGAACAAGAAGGGGGGACGAGCGACGUUUUUCUCGUGGGGCAUCUGAAAAGUCACUCACAUCUGGAAGUUAAACAGCAAUGCUAACAGCCUUAAAGUGAGAAGUUCGAGUAAUUCAUUUGGAAGAGAGGGACACACUUUUUUGGGGAGGAGGGGGAAACCUAGCACGGAGAAGCAUGCUUUCUACUGUGAAUACUAAGACUUCUCUCAGAAAACUGUUUCUACUAAUAUCUUAAGAGCCUUUUUAGGGCUAAUAUCUUAUAAUAGCUU